GAUUGGCUGGGAGUGGUCACGUGCGCGGGACGCGACGCGUGGGGAGGGGCCGCGGUUGCCGGGGCGACACUGGCGGCGGCUGAGGGGAGAUUGGGACAGCUUUAUCAGUGAUGAGAAGUAGCAGCAGCCCUUAGCAAUGGGUGAUGUUUUAGCGUACGAAGCUGAGUUACUUGGACUAGUGAAAGAGUAUUUGGAUUUUGCUGGAUUUCAAGAAACAGUGAAGGUACUUAAAAAGGAAUGUAAAAUAAAAGGGAAGCCACUACUUAAACCAGCAGAUGUUUCCUCAGAGGCUUCAUCGCCUGUUCAGGAAGGAAUGCUUAGAGCAUUUGAAGAUGGUGAUCAGAAAGUUUUCUUCCAGCUCUGGGAGGAGCAUAUUUCGUCUUCAGUCCACGACAGUGAUCCAGUUGCUCAGAACCUGGAGUUCUAUCUCCACAUCUACUUUGCCACCUUCCUCUUGAAACAAGCUGUGGGAAAGCCUGACAAAGCUGAACUUGAGGAAAGGAUUUCUUAUUUCAAGGCAUACCUGGAAACAAAAGGAGCUGCACUGAGCCAGACUACAGAGUUUCUUCCCUUCUAUGCUUUACCUUUUGUUCCAAAUCCCAUGGUACAUCCUUCAUUUAAAGAACUUUUCCAGGAUUCUUGGAGCUUGGAUUUAAGGACAAGAUUGGAAAAGUUCCUGUCUCUGACUCUCAAAGCCAGACGGACUCCUCGGCUUCUUACUAUAUUUAAGGAGAGUGGACAGUGCAACAAAGAAAUGAUGCAACAUCUUCAUCAACAGUUAGUGAAGCGUGAGCAAAGGUAUGUGGCCAACCUGAAACGAUUUCACAGAUUGCAGGUGGACUACUAUAAUCUCCUUGGAGUCUCUGCAGAGCUGGUGGAUUCUUUGGCGGCCACAGUCACCGGCAAGAUGAUUUCACCGGAGUAUCUUCAAAGUGUUUGUGCUUGCUUGUUUAGUAAUCAUUUGAGGCAAACUGUAGCACACAACAUUGACUUCACAAGGCCUGGAACUGGAUAUUACUCUAUGAGCCCUUGUGAUGACGGAUAUGCUUCCACACUGUUAAGAGCAUCUUUAGCCUCUAUGAAGGUACAGGAUGUGCCAUUGUUGCCCUCUUUGGAUUAUGAGAAGCUGAAGAAAGAUUUGAUUACAGGGAGUGAUCGUCUCAAGGCCCUCUUACUGCAGGCUCUGCGCUGGCGCUUGACAACUUCAUAUCCUGGAGAGCAGAGAGACACUAUCAUGCAAGCCUACAUCAGCAAUGACCUCCUGGAUUGCCACAGCAACUGUCAGAGAAGUGUCCUCCAAUUGUUAUAUUCUAAGAGUGAGGUAGUCAGACAGUACAUGGCAAGGCUCAUCAAUGCUUUUGCUUCACUGACAGAAGGUCGUGCCUACCUUUCUCAGAACCCAACAUUGCUGCAAAUGCUGGAGGACAGACUGAAAGCUGAAGACAAGGAUUCCCUUACAUGGGAGAACGUUCUGGGGGCUCUGCAGAAAUUCAGCCUCAGGCGUACACUGCAGUCGGCAAUGAUCAAAGAUGGGCUCAUUUUCUGGCUGGUUGAUGUUCUAAUAGACCCAGAUUGCCUGUCUGAGUACAACCUGGAGUAUUGUGCUGCCUUGCUCAUGAAUCUUUGUCUGCGGAGUGCAGGGAAGAAAAUUUGUGCAAGUAUCCCAAACCACAUGCUCAGAGUUCUUUCUAGUCUUCUUGACCACGAGAAUCCUAAGGUCCAGUCAUAUGUGAAUGGAGCACUGUACAGUAUUCUGGCCAUCCCCUCUGUCCGAGAAGAAGCCAAAGAAAUGGGAAUGGAAGAAAUUCUGCGCUGCUUUAUCAAGGAAAGAAAUGAAGAGAUGGUUCGACAGAUGGAAUUUGUUAUCAAGCAACUCAAUUCAGAAGAGCCAUUCAAUGAUAAUAUUGUGUCUGAUGAUGAUGAUGAUGAAGAGGAGUAUGAGGAAGAGGACAAUAACAUCCUGGAGCCUGAUCUGGACAAAGAUGAGGUUCUGCUGCCUCAGCUGGGGGAGCUUUCAGGAGAGAAGCUGCUAACAACCGAGUACUUGGGAAUAAUGACUCACACUCCAAAAACUAAGAAGAAACAAUUUGCUGGUGUCUAUCACAGUAUGGAUGAACCUCUCCAGAGACCUGUGACACCAAGUUAUCACAGAACUGCAUAUGUAAUGCCAGAAAACGGUACCAAUUCAUGUCACAAUAGGGAUGAGAAGCUGCAGUCUCCACUCAGUGGUCCUUCUUCCAUUUGUGGCGGGAGCCAAUCCAGCAUUUCUGACUUCUGCAUUUCCCCUUCAUCAGUUGAAAUGAAGUCAUCUGAAGUAUCUGCAUCAGGCCACAGAAUGGAGCAGCACAUCCCAGCUGGUGAUGCCUCGUCUUCUCGAUCUGCUGGCUUCACUGAGGACAAAGUAAAUGGGCAAUCACAUAGCGAGUUUGCCUUAGCCUUCACCAGCAAACCCAAGAUCCCUCGCACUCCUGAUGGGCAGAGCAGCAGCCCUAGGAAGGGAAAGGUCCCAGCCAUUGCCCCCCAGUUCUCUCAGUCUGGACCCAUCAAACAAGCCAUCCAAGCUCCUCGGGAUCACCCACAAGGAGCAGACAGAUAUUUAUUACAGGUGUAUUUUCUGGAAACAAGUUGAUUUUAUGUAAACCUACCUGAACUAGCUGGACCGCCCCUCUUGGAGCAGGGAGUGUGCGGAAUGCCUGAGGAAUGCAGAGGAAGUCCAGGUACUUAGUGCAGCUACAGGCCUGGGGCCAGAUUCCUGCCUGAGAUGCAGCCCCUGCUGUCAGCUGAACUCCUCCAAAUAAAACCAGCCGUGCUGGGAUCCCCUGCGAUUUCCACUUCCAAGCUGGCACAGGGAUGACACUGGCAGCCUGGCUGGAAUACAGAGUUCCACAGGGAGCAUAGGCACCUCCAGAUUUAAACCUUUCAACUGUGCUCCAUGUGGACAUUGCUGUGUGGUUUAAUCCGCUCCAAUCCUUAUUCUCUGUCUGUUCCAGGCAAGUCUGCAUGGGCAUGCUGAAGCUGUUUGCAGUGUACCAAGCUCUGUCUAAGGCACAUUGGAGCUAGGGCAGUACAAAAAUCUCUACCAGAAGAAUGGGGAAUGUUUUUUGGCAGGACUGCAACUGGGCCCCGGUGACAUUCUUUCAGUUCUUUCAAUAUCCCCUGAAAAGGGGUUGCCAUAAAUACAUUCUGCAGUUUUAAGUUGCAGCAUCACGAGUUAAAGUGCCCUCCUGCAUGUUUUUUGUGAUGUUUGUGUCCCUGUACAAGUAGAACAAGUGUUGCCCUCAGGCAGCUUCUGUCUUGUAAUAAAUCCUGCUUUCGGCUGACAGACCCUUUCUCGAUGUUUUUCUGCAGGCAGCCAGUCCUACAGGAAGUGAGAACAGUUCCUUUCCUCGAGAAUCACCUGUCACAUUGUUGAAGGACAGAGCCAGCUUCCUGUAAUGAGCUGUACUGGUGACCUGCAGAGGAGAGUGACACUGCAGGCCUUGCACGGGAAUUCGGGAUUAUCUGAUGGGAUGCUUCUGUGGUCUCUAAAGCUGGCGAAGACAAGAGCCUUGUUAUUAGAAUUAGAGGUCUCAGCAGCAGCCCAGGACUGACAUGGGAGAUGGAUAUUCUCUGAUAAUUUACUCCAAAGUGACAUUGCCACCUUGGGAAGAAACUCUUGCUCUCUGCCCUCUGUGUCAGAGUAACUGGCCUUUGGAAACAGAAUGUGGGCUCAGCCCAGGAGUCUUAUCAAGCAACUGUAUUUUUUUACUUAUUGCUUGCUGAAGCAGGCUGCCAAUUGCUUUUUAAAAUUUUUUUCCUGUAUGACGGGGUUGGGAAGUAUCUGUGUUCAAAGGAUCUGCAUGAAGAGUGACAGUGUCUGCCACAUGUGCAGAACCUGCCUGCUCAGAGCAGUCCUGUGUGGGAUGAGAUCUGUAUGGCCUUCAGACCCUGAAGAGGAGGUAUUUUAUCAAAAUAUUUUCUGGUUGACCUGUAGCAGAUGAAAAACACUGUUGCAGUGCUCAAGGCAGCAUCCAUGCUCACCUCUGAGGUCUUUAUCGGCAGCAAUUACUCCUAUUCCUUCUUUCUGCCUUUUUUUUUUUUUUUUUUUUUUUAAUUCUACUGUUUUAACAUUUGUGGAAUGAAAGAUCUCUUUCUUUUUUCCCCUGGAAUGAAGAGCUUUGCUUCUUUAUUCAUAGAAGAAACCAUGAGUAUGUGAACAAAUCAGGAGCAGUUUUCUCUUUACAUGUAACUGUGCUCCAUCUUCUUUGGUCUUUGUUGCUUUUUUAUGUUCUUCACUUCAGAGCAAUGACUGUUUAUGUCUUUAUGGAAUUUGUGCUGGUCUUUGGUGCAUAUGAAGUGCUGGCUAGGCAAGAGAGAUUAGGAAUCCUUCCACUAAAUAAAAAGCAGUAUUUCUGCCAGUGAAUUACAAA